GUCGAAGCGGCAGGGGGUCGCGGGCGGAUGAAGCAGCCCCCCGCCGCUUAGGAGCAGCCGGAUUCUGCAAGGACUCGAGCCAGCGGCUCCGCCUCUCCCUCUCUCGCCCAACUCCGGUCCUCCUCCAGCAUCCUCCCGAGGCGCCGCUGGAGGGGAGGGAGGUGCUGCAGAGGCAGCGUGGUGCAUGGAGGAGCGCGCCGAGGCCAGGAAGCCUCGCCUACCCGGAGCGCGGACCCUGGAGGAAAAAACCCCUCCCGCACCUGUGCUUUCCCCCCCCUUUUUUCCCUGCUGCUUUCAAGCCUCCCGGGGCAGCCGCGGACUGCGUGGCUUCUGAUUUGUAAGUGAAACGGUUUCUCUAUAAACAAAGAUCAGGAUGACCAGCUCUACCCGAGAACAUCUGCUUUUUGCCCGAAGGCGUAAUCCACAAUUGCGUUACACUUUGAGUCCAGAGAACCUCCAAAGCCUUACAUCUCAGGGCACCGUGGCUGAGAACGUGAACUUGCAGCGCGCCAACAGUGACACGGAUCUGGUGACUUUCGAAAGCCGCUCUAGUUUGACUGCAAGCAUGUAUGAAUACACUCUAGGACAAUCUCAGAACCUCAUCAUUUUCUGGGAUAUUAAAGAAGAGGUGGAUCCCACAGACUGGAUUGGGCUAUACCAUAUUGAUGAGAACUCACCAGCAAAUUUCUGGGAUUCUAAAAACCGUGGUGUGACUGGAACACAGAAAGGACAGAUCAUAUGGCGGAUUGAACCUGGUCCCUAUUUCAUGGAACCUGAAAUAAAAAUCUGCUUUAAAUACUACCAUGGUAUAAGCGGAGCCCAGCGUGCAACAACUCCAUGUAUCACUGUGAAAAACCCUGCUGUGAUGAUGGGGGCAGAAGGCACAGACGGUGCUUCAACAGGUCAGCACUCCCGAAAAUUAAUUAGUUUUACACUCUCAGAUAUUCGGGCCAUUGGACUUAAAAAAGGAAUGUUCUUCAAUCCUGACCCUUAUCUAAAGAUGUCCAUUCAGCCUGGAAAAAAGAAAACGUUUCCUACAUUUGCACACCACGGGCAGGAAAGGAGGUCCAAUAUCAUCAGUAAUACAACUAAUCCUAUUUGGCAUAGAGAGAAAUAUUCUUUUGUAGCACUUUUGACUGAUGUCUUGGAAAUCGAAAUCAAAGAUAAAUUUGCCAAAAGUCGUCCUAUCAUCAAGCGUUUUCUUGGAAAGCUCACUAUACCUGUGCAGAGACUAUUGGAAAGACAUGCAAUAGGAGAUCAGGUUCUCAGUUAUAACCUUGGUAGAAGGCUUCCGGCAGACCAUGUGAGUGGGUGUCUUCAGUUCAAGGUAGAAAUUACAUCUUCUCUUCAUGAAGAUGCUUCACCAGAAACUGUAGGAACCCUUCUUGGAGUAAAUUCUGUCAAUGGGGACUUAGGAAGCCCUUCUGAUGAUGAGGAUAUACCUGCAGGGCAUCAUGAUACACAUCCACUUUUUUCAAAUGGCCCAAUUCUUGAAGAAUCAUCUGGACACGUCAUCUUGCGGCAUUCCUUUAGAACUAGUACUACUUCGGAAACAGAUCAAGAGGAUUCAGCCUCUACAACGUCAAGGUCCUCAGUUCCCAGGGGCCGCCAGGACUCCUUGAAUGACUACCUAGAUGCAAUAGAACAAAAUAAUCUUCCUAGAUCUGGGACCUCUGCUUGUAAUGAACGUACUAUUGGGGCAUCCCCAAAAUUGAAGAGUAGCUUCCCUACUGACACACGACUCAAUGCUAUGCUUCACAUUGAUUCUGACGAAGAGGAACAUGAAUUCCAUCACAGUUUGGGUUUCCAGUCAUCAGUGGAUGAUGACGGUGGUGGUUUGAUUAUGCUAAAUGGUACUGCUAGAAAUGAUGAAUCAGUUUUCUUAAAUGGCUCCUCAAGCCAAGUAACACAAAGCCAAGUCUCUGAAGAAAUUGUGACGGCACCCGAUGUAGAAAUACCUCCGCAAACUUCCUGUUGUCAGGAGGAGAUGUCCAAUGGGCCUGCUGAAUUGGAGAUAGCAGGACAAGAAACUGAAACUCCUCAGAAUUCUCAGGAUGAUUGUCUAGAAGAUUCAGCAAGCAAUACCAUUUCUGUACCUCAGGAGGCAGAACAACCCACGUCUGGUGCGGAUCCUGGAACUUCUGAGUCAGUUUCUGGGAGCAAAAGGGAAAUCACGGAAGCUGAAUCUAUUGACCAAGGAUCAGAACCUUCCCAGAUUUCAUCAGAGACCGAGCAAAGUGAUGCUGCUCAUACAGAGAGUGUUAGUGAAUCAAGCACCAGGCCAGAGGGAGAAAGUGACAUAGAGGGGGCUGAUGGCUCUUGCAAUGAAGGCACAGCUACCCAACUCUCCUCUGUUGACACUUGCUGCUCUUCCCUUGAAAGCAAUCGCUUUCCUGAGACUCCGGCCUUUUCUUCUCAGGAGGAAGAAGAAGGUGCCUGUGCAGCAGAGGCUUCCAGGAGUGAGCCAGAAACUCAGGACGCUGUGUGCACUCAGGCCUUUUUACCUGCAGUGCACUUACCAACCACUCAAGAGGAAGGCCAGCUGUUUGAAGAUGGGCUGCCAGAUGGUGAUGACUCAGAAGAGAUAUGGCAGAGGAGACAGAACCUGCAGGCAGCAGCUGCACACAACCAGUCUCAAGAGGAAGAUGUGAGAGGUGCAUCAGCAUCAUGUGAAGGAGCUGCUUCACAGGAGGCUGGCGCUAGUGGAGGUUCUCAGCCUGAUGGUCCCCUGAGAUCUCUUCCCUCAGUUCGUCAGGAUGUUAGUCGUUAUCAGAGAGUGGAUGAAGCUUUGCCACCAAAUUGGGAAGCACGUAUUGACAGUCAUGGGAGAAUAUUCUAUGUGGACCAUGUUAACAGAACCACAACAUGGCAGAGGCCCACAGGUCCACCAGCCCAGCAAAUCCUUCAACGUUCCAACUCCAUACAGCAGAUGGAGCAAUUGAAUCGCCGGUAUCAGAGUAUUCGCCGAACCAUGACUAACGACAGGCCAGAGGAGCAUUCAACUGCUCUUGAUGGAGCUGCAGAAGAUCCUGAGUUCCAUAGCCCACCUGCUGAUUACCGAAGGGACAAUGCGCUGCCUCAUUCUACCUCCAGAUCAAGGCUUACUCUGCUGCUCCAGUCACCCCCAGUAAAAUUCCUCAUCAGCCCAGAAUUCUUCACCGUGCUGCAUUCAAACCCUAGUGCCUACAGAAUGUUUACAAAUAAUACUUGUCUGAAGCACAUGAUCACCAAAGUUCGACGAGAUACCCAUCAUUUUGAGCGCUACCAGCAUAAUCGGGAUCUAGUUGGCUUUUUGAACAUGUUUGCCAACAAACAGCUAGAAUUACCACGGGGCUGGGAAAUGAAGCACGAUCAUCAGGGCAAGGCUUUUUUCGUUGACCACAAUUCACGUACCACCACGUUCAUUGACCCACGGCUUCCUUUGCAGAGCAGCCGACCAACCAGCGCUUUGGUUCACCGGCAACACUUAACAAGGCAGCGCAGUCACAGUGCUGGUGAGGUGGGAGAAGAUUCACGCCAUUCAGGACCUCCAGUCUUGCCAAGGCCAUCAAGUACAUUCAGUGCAGUCAGCAGGGCUCAAUACCAGGACAUGAUGCCAGUGGCUUACAAUGACAAGAUAGUUGCAUUUCUGCGGCAACCCAAUAUCUUUGAAAUUCUCCAAGAGCGACAGCCAGAUCUCACAAGAAAUCAUUCACUCAGGGAGAAGAUCCAGUUUAUUCGGACUGAAGGAACACCAGGUCUAGUGCGGUUAUCCAGUGAUGCAGAUCUUGUUAUGUUAUUAAGUUUAUUUGAAGAGGAAAUUAUGUCAUAUGUACCACCACAUGCCUUACUUCAUCCCAGUUAUUGUCAGUCACCACGUGGGUCCCCCGUGUCCUCCCCUCAGAACUCUCCAGGUACCCAACGUGCUAAUGCCCGUGCCCCUGCUCCUUAUAAAAGAGACUUUGAAGCUAAGCUGAGGAAUUUCUACAGGAAGUUGGAGACUAAAGGAUAUGGACAAGGCCCAGGGAAAUUGAAAUUAAUUAUCAGAAGAGACCACUUGCUGGAAGAUGCCUUCAAUCAAAUUAUGGGUUAUUCAAGAAAGGAUCUACAGAGGAAUAAACUGUAUGUCACAUUUGUUGGAGAGGAAGGACUGGACUACAGUGGACCAUCAAGGGAGUUUUUUUUCCUGGUAUCAAGAGAACUCUUCAACCCAUACUAUGGUUUAUUUGAAUAUUCAGCCAACGACACAUACACUGUACAAAUUAGUCCAAUGUCUGCUUUUGUCGACAAUCACCAUGAAUGGUUCAGAUUUAGUGGUCGAAUCCUUGGUCUUGCUCUGAUUCAUCAAUAUUUGUUAGAUGCCUUCUUUACUCGACCAUUUUAUAAAGCCCUUCUCAGAAUAUUGUGUGACCUAAGUGAUUUGGAAUAUCUUGAUGAAGAAUUUCACCAAAGUCUACAAUGGAUGAAAGACAAUGAUAUACAUGAUAUCUUAGAUCUCACAUUCACUGUAAAUGAAGAAGUCUUUGGACAGAUUACUGAAAGGGAAUUAAAACCUGGAGGUGCCAACAUUCCUGUGACAGAAAAGAACAAGAAGGAAUAUAUAGAAAGAAUGGUGAAAUGGAGAAUUGAGAGAGGUGUGGUGCAGCAGACAGAAAGUUUAGUACGUGGUUUUUAUGAGGUGGUUGAUGCUAGACUGGUGUCUGUAUUUGAUGCAAGAGAACUAGAAUUGGUUAUUGCUGGCACUGCAGAAAUUGACUUAAGUGACUGGAGAAAUAACACUGAAUACAGAGGAGGAUACCAUGAUAAUCAUAUUGUAAUCCGAUGGUUUUGGGCUGCCGUGGAAAGAUUCAACAAUGAGCAACGGUUACGGCUUUUACAAUUUGUUACAGGUACAUCGAGUAUACCUUAUGAAGGUUUUGCUUCUUUGAGAGGAAGCAAUGGACCAAGAAGAUUCUGUGUAGAAAAAUGGGGCAAAAUCACUGCUCUGCCCAGAGCUCACACUUGUUUCAAUCGGCUUGACCUUCCUCCUUACCCAUCGUUCUCCAUGCUCUAUGAGAAGCUGUUGACAGCUGUUGAAGAGACAAGCACAUUUGGUCUUGAAUAAGACAGAAAUUGUCUAACCCAGUAUCUGGGACUUUUGUUGAUCACUCCCCCAAAAUACACAAACGCUUACAGCAAG